AGGGCCAUUUAUAGCUAGUAUAGGUCAUGUGAGGGGUAGAGUAUAAAGAGAGGCUCUGUAGUGAGAGAAGCUCAAAGAAUCUGUUGUAGCAGCUACUGACAAUGAGGUGUUUGGCUGUAUUCCUCGUGUUGAUUGGACUCUCCCUGGCCAUGCCAGUUGAGAAACAAAAUGCUAAAGCCGAAAAUGUUGACCUCGAUGAAUUGCUAAGCAUUCUCAACUCCCAAACAACAACUACAACAAAUACUUACAAAGCUAAGACUAGUCGCAAAAUUGGGGACUUGCUUAAUCGCCUCCCUUUGGUACGUCUCUCCAGUGUCUUACCUACCAGGGAGGGCACAGCUAUCACACAGGAGGAGGAAGCUAAGGCUCAAAUCAUAACGGCGGCCGCAGUGGCGUUAGCCCUGGGCGCUGCAGCUCUCGGAGGUGCCUCUAACGCAGGAGUUAGAAAAUUAUUGGACACACUCUACCCCUCCCCCCAAGAAGAACCCAAAGUUGACCUCUCAGAGCUUAUUACUCUCCUUGGCAAAGAUCCAGUUAUUCAACCGGAAGCUGCCUUGAGUCAAAAUCUACCUCUACUGCUUCCCUGGGUACUUCCCCUAAACCUCUUACCUAUGAAGGGUACAGCUAAUGCUCAGGAAGAAUUAGCCCAAGUACAAGAACCUGUGACAAUAACGUUGUUGAUUGCUCUAUUGGCUGCAGCCACUGGAGGUGCUUCUGGAGCGGGGUUUAAAAAAUUAUUCGACAAACUCUACCCCUCUCCCCAAGAAGAAACUAAGGUUAAGAUUGACUUAUCAGAGCUUAUUACUCUUCUUGGCAAAGAUCCAUCAGUUAUUCAACCAGAAGUUGCCUCAACUCAGAUUAUUGCUUCGGAUUCGUUGUUGCACAGAGGAGCUAUAGCUACAGGCCGAAUAGAUCUUCUGUGUGCAACCAUGCCAGGAAGAUGUUCGAAACAAGCAAAGAUUGAGGGAGGGCUAACACGAAAAGAUCAACCUUAUCAACAAGACGCUGCCUCGAGUCAAGGGUUUGGUAAUAUGUCCCGUAGAAAGUUUACUCAUGCUUCUAAGCCUUGGGGGAUGGAUCUCCUGCCUUUUCUCAUGCAACCACGACUGCAAGCUGAACAAGCCAAGACUGAGGGAGGGCUAACAAGAAAGCAGCUGAUGCAGCUAGUUCAGAAAAUGGCUGCAAUGUCCGGGCUAGAUACUAAGAUGGCUAAGAUGACUAAGAUGGCUAAGAUGCAGCUUCCACUCGUGGGCUGAACAUGUGUUAUACAUAGAGUUGUAGCUAUUGGUACAUCAAUGCUGCAUAAUUGUGAAGUUGACACUAAUAUUUCGUAUUUUACAGCUCAGAAUGGUGACGUUAGAACCUAUAAUUAUUGUGUGCAUUAAUAUAAUUUGUAAUUUUAAUAUUCGAAUGAUGUUUUACAAUACGAAAAA